CUCCUCAGUUUCUUUGCUCAAAUUCUGCUGCUCAAAAGAUUGACAGAAAGAUAAGGAGAGAGGGAUUGAGAGAUGGCAAGGCUAGUCCUAGCAAUGUUGAUCACCCUGGUGGCAGCAAUGGCUUCAGGGGCUCAAGCCCAAGAUGAUGUUACAUGGGCCAAGCGGGUUGAUUCCGGGAAAGAAGUGGUUUCCACUCUUCAAUUCUACUUUCACGACGUGCUCAGCGGAAGAAACCCUAGUGCAGUAAAGAUAGCCCAAGCUUCCCAGGGCAACUCUACACCAAAUGGGUUCGGAUCGUUGAUGAUGGUGGAUGAUCCAUUAACGGUAGGACCGGACCCCAACUCGAGACUUGUGGGGCGGGCAAGGGGAAUGUACGGUUCAGCCGGUCAGACCGAUUUCGGCCUCGUAAUGGUGAUGUGCUAUGAGUUCCUAGAUGGGACGUACAAGGACAGCUCAUUUAGCAUUCUCAGCAUCAAUCCGGCAUUAAAUCCGGUUCGAGAAAUGACCGUAGUGGGUGGAACCGGUUUGUUCCGGUUGGCUCGGGGAUAUGCUAUUGCCCAAACCUACUCUUUAGAUCCCACAACCGGUGAUGCAGUCGUGGGCUAUAAUGUGACUCUAGCCACAUAUAUUUGAGUUAUUGAGUAGUCGAUUUUAAUUUGCAUUUGUUGAAUAAGAGAUGAUCAUUUCUAGGUUUGCCACGUUGAAAUACAUUCCCAAUUGAACUUUCUGCCUGUGCUUGUUA